UGGGCGGGGGAGCGUGUGCGUCUUUGGCCGUUUAACGAGAUUUGGUGGUGGUUGGUCGGCUGGCGGCCGAAGAGGCGCUUUACGAGCCGCAGCCGGGUCCUCCGAGGGAUGUGAGAGCCGCGGACUCUACUUGCCCUCCGCCCCCCUCAUUUGCCCGCCCGCCCACCGCGUCCCCCUGCUGAGGCUCCUGCCGGCCUUCCCAGCCGGGCCCCGCGUGAUGUCGUGAUCCCCAGGCGGCCGUGCGACCAGACGGGCGGCGCUCAGGCGGCGGCGGCGGCGGCGGCAGCUGCUGCCGAUGGGGCUGCUUCGGAUUAUGCUGCCGCCUAAGUUGCAGCUCUUGGCGGUGGUGGCGUUCGGGGUGUCCGUCCUCUUCCUGGAGAACCAGAUCCAGAAGCUGGAAGAGUCCCGGGGGAAGCUGGAAAGAGCUAUUGCAAAGCAUGAAGUUCGUGAGAUUGAGCAGCGUCAUACUAUAGAUGGCUUUCGGUCAGAUGUGCCUCUGGAUGAAGACAAUGAUGUGGUGAUAAUUUAUAAUCGAGUCCCAAAAACUGCCAGCACUUCAUUUACAAACAUUGCUUAUGAUCUUUGUGCAAGAAACAAGUAUCAUGUACUGCAUAUCAACACAACCAAAAAUAACCCUGUUAUGUCUCUGCAAGAUCAGGUACGAUUUGUGAAGAAUGUAACUUCCUGGAAAGAGAUGAAACCAGGGUUUUAUCAUGGACAUAUAGCCUUUUUGGAUUUUGCAAAAUUUGGUAUUAAAAAGAAACCAAUAUACAUCAAUGUUAUAAGAGAUCCUAUCGAGCGACUGGUUUCUUACUAUUACUUUCUACGUUUUGGUGAUGAUUACAGGCCUGGACUCCGAAGGCGAAAACAAGGGGAUAAAAAAACCUUUGAUGAAUGUGUAGCAGCUGGAGGCACAGAUUGUGCCCCUGAGAAACUCUGGCUUCAAAUUCCAUUCUUCUGUGGCCACAGUUCUGAAUGCUGGAAUGCGGGAAGCAGAUGGGCUUUGGAACAAGCCAAAUUCAACUUGAUUAAUGAAUAUUUCCUAGUGGGAGUUACUGAAGAGCUUGAAGACUUUAUUAUGCUGCUGGAGGCAGCUUUGCCCCGUUUCUUCAGGGGUGCAACAGAACUAUAUCGCACAGGAAAGAAGUCCCAUCUUAGGAAGACAACAGAGAAGAAACUCCCCACAAAAGAAACCAUUGCAAAGCUCCAGCAGUCUGAAAUGUGGAAAAUGGAGAAUGAGUUCUAUGACUUUGCCCUGGAGCAAUUUCAGUUCAUCAGAGCACAUGCAGUUCGAGAAAAAGAUGGAGAAUUGUAUAUUCUGGCACAAAACUUUUUCUAUGAAAAGAUCUACCCUAAAUCGAACUAAGAACAAUGAAAACUGUUAGAUUAGGGGAUGAAACCUUUGGCUGUGUCCUUGUUGUGUUCAGCCCCAACUUCUAGAUUUCUGAUAUACCCUAACCCAGGCACGUUAGUCUUGAGCUCACUAGACUAAGCUAUGGAUUGUUCAAAGAAGAUGGCUACCAACUAGGUAUCUUGGCAAUCCAAAAGCAUAAGCUUUGGUGCCCCUAUAUUUUCAGAGGAAGUUAUUACCCCACACCUGAGGAAGCCUUCAUGUUCAUUUACAGAAACUAACAAUAUGCAAAUUAUAGCUGAAACUAUACAAUGAAAGGAUUCCAUUUAAUGCUCUUCUUGAUUCUAGGACAGUUUAUUUUAUUUAGCUUCCUGGGAAGAGGAAGAGGCUUGACCCCUACCUUCAACAUGGAGAUUUUGGUUGUAUACACUUAUGAAUAAUGUUAAUAACUGGCUGACAUCUGUGCUUUGUUCUUGUGAAUCCAUAUCAUGUGACAUUCAUUGGAAUGUUCAAUUGUAUUCUGCUGAGAGAGGCUACAGCUGAAUGUGCCCAUAUUUAUAGAUGUGGGUUUUCAUUUUAAGGAGCUAAAACUGGUCAUCAGCGUGUUUGAAAAUUGAAAUUCCAUAGUGAAAUUGUCAAAAGGGCAAAAUUCCAGGCAGUGUUUCUUUGCCACCCUCUGUACUUCCAGCUAAUGUUGGGAAAACUCUCUUAAGCUGGCUUUUGCCUGCACAUUAAUAUAAAACAAAUAGUGAGUUCUGUAUAAUUGUUCCAUGGAUUCUUUGUAUUUUAAAAAGAACUACUGGUGAAUCCAUAUUAUGACUCUACUUAGUGAGCUGUGGUAUGGUUAGGAUUUUCCUACUUAGAUACUUUUACCUGUAGAAUAUUUUUACUAAGGUGCUUUAUAAUGUGUUUUAAAGCAUUGCAUUUGCAGAAGAAGUAAAAUGCUGUAAAUAAUGCAUAUUUUAUGUAUUUGGACCAAAAGGUUACAAGUAACAGUUUAAACUGGUUUUGCACCAAUUUUGUUGUAUGUGAAGUAAAAGCAUCCCAUCUGCUGUUCAAAUUCCGGUUUUGAAAUUACUCUUAGACAUCACUGAAACACAGUUCAAUGACUUCAACAAUUUUAAAUACAGAGAGGUUCUGCCCAGGAACCAUCUUUAUAGAAAACUACUUAAUCUGCAUCCUUUUAUCAUGCUUAAAAGAGGAAAAUGAAAAUAGAAGCAUGUGGCCUGACCAAGAGAGAUACAAAGAAAUUGAAAUCUACAUGUUCUUGCCUUGCAUUACUUCAGUAGACUUGCAUUUGCCCUUAUUAGCACCAUAUAGUACUUAUAUACAUGAAGUCAUUUGGUUAGUAACAGGACAUUAAAUUUUUAACAAAAUUAUAGAAAAUCACUGUUCUAAAAAUUCCCUAGUUGCUCAUGUUUUACCAGCAGUUUUUUAAACUGAGUAUUAAAAUUUUCAAUAAGGCUAGGCCUUUGAACAUCACAUUGUAUAGGGUUAAGUGUGUGAUGUUAAUAUAUUGAUGGGUAAUACUUUACCAAAAUUGUGUAUCUGCUAACGAUCACAAAGAGGUUAACUGUUGCCUAUAUACUGAAUGUUUGAUGCCAAAAACAUAAUCCUAUUUUUAAGGAUGAUGGGACUGUUAAGUAAAGCUUUUAAUCUACUGUAUUCUUUGCUUUAAUCUUGGCUUUAAAAAAAAGGACUGCCUUCCCCAUUUUUCCGUUUGCAAACAUCACAUUUUCUUCCUUUUACUGUAUUAUGUCAGAGUGUUUGUAGCCAUGUUGGUCCCACUGAAUGAUACAUAGAGAUACGAAAUGAACUUGGUUUAAACUGGCUACUUAAAAUAUAGCAAGCUUAUGAACCAGUGUGUUCAACCUCAGGUGUUGAUGCUCAGAGCACAACUAAAAUUUUGACUGUCAAGGCUAAUAGCCAUGUAAUGGACCUGUUAAUUCCAUUUUUAUGUGGUAGAAAGAGUUUGUGGGGCAGAUACCUGGGGCAGUGUUGCAUGGACUCAGCUAGCACUGAUUCCACCCUCUCAGGCUGUAGACUGAAAGUAUGAAUGUGAGACAAUUUUACAAACUGAGCUUGGGCCAUCCAGCUCAGACCCAUGGUACAGAUUGUACAGUGAGAUUUGAUAAUCCCUGGCAAAAUGUCCGCUGUGUGGACAUGCCCUUUAAAGCAAAGGGGAACUGUGCAUGGUACUUACCUAGUUAAACUUUACCUGUAUGAAAAGCUUUGGAUGUUUCAUGUUUCUCAGAUGAUAAUAUAACAACUAGAAAGUUUCACAGGUGCCCAUCUUCAACGCAUGCUCCAUCAGCUGUGUAUGGAUUAGCCCAGUAAUAAUAAAUCAUGAAUAGAAUUUCUUGAAUUACAUUCUGCUUCAUGAGUAGACAUGGGCAUAAACGGGAAAAAAUUACGAACACCCUGUUCGUUGUUCGUUGCCAUCCACGAACAACGAACAGAAGCGAACAUGUCCCCUUAAUGAACAUGUUCAGUGUUCGUGUUCGUGGCCCUUUAAAGAUCCCUUUAAACUAUCAGGUGGCAGGGGGGGAUUCUCUCUUGCCGCCUGCCAGCUGAUAGUUUAAAGGACCCGUUCCUGCCACGUGCAAGGGGCAGGGCCCUUUAAACACCCCCAGCCCCCUGCCCCACCCCAGCGCUGCCGGGCUGCUGCUGCCGGGUGCGAGAGGGAUGGAGAGAUUCCGUCCCUCUGACUGCGGGCAGAGCAGGGCUGCGUGGCCACUUCUGCCCGCUGUCAGAGGGACGAGGAGGCUUGCCUCAUCCCUCUGACAGCAGGCAGAGCCGGUGCCACCACGGGGCCGCUUCUGCCUGCUGUCAGAGGGACGAGGAAAGACUCCCCUGGUCCCUCUGACAGCGAGCAGAGCCAGUGUCGCGGGGCUCCUGCCCACUGUCAGACAAGAAUCUCCUCGUCCCUCUGACAGUGGGCAGAGCCGCUGCCGCCGCAGGGCCACUUCUGCCCGCUGUCAGAGGGAUGAGGGGAGACUUCCCUCGUCCCUCUGACAGCGGGCAGAGCCAGCGCUGCCACGGGGCUGCUUCUGCCCACUGUCAGAGGGAUAAGGAGAGAUUCCCCUCGUCCCUCUGACAGCGGGCAGAGCCGGUGCCACGGGACUGCUCCUUCCCAGUGCCAGCAGGACGGAGAGAUUCUCUCCAUCCCUCUCUCACUGGGAGAGCCGGCACUGCCCCUUUUGCUGUCAUUUUCUCUUCACAGUGGCGAAAACUGGACUGCCUGUUGGAAGCUACUUUGAGGGGUUACAAAACUGACCUUCCCAAUGUCCAAUACCUACCAAAUGUUCAGGGGACAUAGUCCUCAGUGUCCUCUGAAGACCCCCAAGUUUCAGAGAGUUUGCACCCCGGGAAAGGUAUGAUCCAUGCCCCCCUUUUGCUGUCUAUUUCUCUUCUGAGUGGCAAAAACUGGACUAUCUGCUGGAAGCUGAAGGGUUAAAGCCAGAAGGAGUUCAGACAGAGUUCAGUCCCUGCCGUCGCCAGGGGAAUUGAUUGAAAGGCACCAGACUGUCUGGCUUGAUGAAGGGCUGCCGAACGUAACGAAUGAGGCUUUGCAGCAACCGCUUGUUGGUUUGUAAUGGGAACUCAAGAACAGCUUGUUCGCGAACAGACGAACGGGCUGCUUGUGGGUUUUUUCGUCCAUAUUGCUGUUCGUGCCCAUGUCUAUUCAUGAGCCCACAUCACUAGGUACUAUUAUCAUUGGAGAAAAUGAAUGAGAUCCAAAGAACGAUGAGCAGAGCUUGUUGAAUGCAUCUUCGCCAACUUUCCCUACCAGCUGCAGUCUCUUGCCCCGUCUCACAAGCUGCUCCUGCGGAUCAGGAACUUCAGGAGUAGCAUGGGAUGUAUGAGCAGCUGCAGCUUGAGUGGGAACUCCACAGGACUCCUUGCAUAAGCAGAAAUGCACCUUUAGAUCCAAACAGGUAUUUCUCAUGAAAUUCUGAUUAGCUGUAGAAAGAGUUAUAAAAUUGUUGAAAGCAACGUAAUACAACAGUGGCAGAAUUUUUUUAAAAGUUUACAGUUUCCUUUGUAACAAAUAUGGAAGUUGAUUCCUUUGAGGCAAAGUAUGCUUUGACCUUUACUGCAUUGUCCUUUCUGAAAUGAGCAUUGCUUUACCUGAGUUCCUGUUGUGAAGUUCUUGUAAUCUGCUUUGAAAGAGGUCCCUGAAUAAAGAUGUUAAUGUUUACAAAGUGAAAUACAGGCAUCUAAACACAGACAUAUUUACAAGUUUACAAAAGUAACUGAAAAUAAUGGCUUGUAUAAUCUGCUCAUUUCAACAGUAUUUACAAAGUUACCUGGGGUGGUUCUGUGCUGUACAACAAUAUGAUGUGCAAGAAAAACUGAUGACACUUUAAAAGAUUUUCUAGAUUUUUAACGGCCGCAGACAGAAGCUUUGGAAUUUUGGUGCAUUGCCUGAUGCCACAUCGGAUAUCACAACAAAUCGUCUUGGAAACCCUUGCAGAAUGUGACUGAAAACUUCCAUGUUUCCUAAACACUGAAUCAGGGUCUAAGUUACCACAAUAUCCAAAGGCAAGUGCCUGACAGUUGGAGCUUGUUUCCUCCUUAUAAGGGUCUAAAGUGGGUUUAAAUCAAGGUUCAGAUAUCCCAGCAGAUUGGAAGUUGAUUCAAGGCUUCCAAAAUCAGGAAGCUUUAAAUCAUGUUCCACAUUUGAGGGAACACACAAACAUUGAGAUCAAACUCUGCCAGUCAUAAAUAAGCCAGAAGUCAUGUCUGAAUGUGUCCUGAAUCUCAAUAGCUGGAGAGAAACUAGUCAGGAUUUAGACAUCUGAUGUACUAUACAAUUUCUUACCUCCUCCCACUCCCCAGCUAAAACUCUUUGGUCUCUACUUCACAUAUCUACUUAUGUUGCUCCCUAAAUCCUUCCUUUUCAACCGUCACUUUACCAGAAUCUUCCAAAUACUCAGAAUGCUUAUUUCCUGAAAGCUAAGCAUUAAAAUAAACCAGAUUCUUCCGGAUGAUAUUUUUUUCUUCAGUUGUAACAUUUAUUUAAAUGAUACAAAGAAAUCAAAAAUCCUGGAUUUGUUCUUUGGAAAGUAACUUUUAAAAGUUGACAUAUAAAACAUACUGUGUAAACACAAACUAAUAAAAAUCUGAAAUAAUGUUAAAGUAUAUAUUUUGAAUAUUGCAAAACCCAUCAAAAUAAUGUCAUUUUUAAAGUGAUGAUAAAGUCCCAAAUGAAUUUGUUAGUAUACGCCAAAGGUGUAUUGUGAUAGAUUUCAAAACUGUCACUUGCUAGUGAGAUUAAUAUUACUAGCCAAUAUUGACUCCACAGCUUCAUUACUGAUUGAAAAGUGAUGCUGUUUAAGUACCUGCAAUGAGUUCCAAAGUUCCAGAAUCUACAUAGGUCAACAAUCACUGUGGAAGGGCAGUCUGCUAAUAUCUUAACAAAUUUCUUAAUAAUGACUUACUUCAAUACUACUGUUUGGCAGUUAUAUUUAGACACCUUAAGCUAUUGCAUAAAUUCAAAAAAGGCUAGUAUUUGUCAUCCCAGUUUGGUUUACCUUGUUUAAUUGAAUGAUACUCUUGUCUUUUGAUGUUUUUUUUUGUUUAUAUUUGCACAAUGUGUCUGAGGAUGGGCUUUUUGCAUGCUAGUCAAGGUUUUCCAUCUUUGGUUGUAUGUUAGUGUAUUAAGAAAGGAAAUUGAAGGGUGGGGGAGUCAAGGUUGAUAAAAAUCAAAGACUGGGGUCACAAAACAGGUUCAUGGUUCUGGAUCCAGGUUUCCCAAGUGCAGUACUAUAUGUUAUGAUUAAGGGGUUUUUUUCCUCUUAGAGUUCAGAAACGGGAUUUGUUUCAUUUUGCUAACUCUGAUUUGCCAUGUAGCUGUAAACCUAGAUAAAGUUUGUACUAGGGGUGUGUACUUCAGGAAUCCAAUUCAGGUAAAAUACCUGAAUCGGACCCAAUGCGGAAAGCAUUCGGAAUGCUUCGGGAAGCUUUGGGGGACCUAGGGAGUUAGGUUUAAAGGGCCCUUUUCGCAAGUGGCAGGGCCCUUCAAACCUAACCAUUCCCUCCCACCCUUCCCUCCACACCCCCUCCACUUACCUGGCACCAACAAAAGGGAAGGCUGGCCCUCUCUGCCAGCCAGCCGCAGCAGCAGGAGGAGGAAAGGUCCUCUCUGCCUGCCAGCCAUGGUGGUGGCAGGGAAGGCCCUGGCUGCACAAGGUAAGUGGGGUGGGGGGAUGGGGUUAAAGGGUGGGGAUGGGUGUUUAAGGGUGGGGCAGCCUCCCCCUCCCUCCCUCCCCGUCAGUUCAGCAUGCUACGAAUCUUUAUGGAGCAUACCAAAGCAACCUGGAAACCAUGCCGCUUCGGAUUUUGGGGAUUUCCGGAUCUUUUUCCUGCUUCGGGUAAACCCAAAGCGGGAAACCUGAAUCUUUUCAUGUUGCACACCCCUAGUUUGUACUGGUUGUAGAAUAAGUCUACAAUACUGAUGACAUGGAAAUAUUUAAAGCAUGCAUUUAAAAGUGCAGUUAGUGAGAGCUUUAUGCAAAUUCCUAAUUUUUUUGUUUGGCAAAGUGCUCUUUCUUCUUUUCUAUUAUUUCAUAAAUUUAGUAGGUAACAUCACCAUCCUAAUUGUUUCGGGUGAUUUAUUUAUCAGUCAUCAAAAUCCUGGGCCGAUUCCAGACGGCCCUCCAUCUCCUGAA